UUGUUGACUACUUGUUUAUCAUUAUUGCGGCUGGGAUAUCAGUGCACGAAAAUAAUAAAUUUAUCCGGUGCAUCAGCAAUAUAAGCGCACAUAGUCGUCAGUACGCGAUAAUUGCACAUUACGUAAUUGAUUCAACUUGACUAUUGGGAUACGGUGGUAUAAGUUGAAGAUCACAUUCCAAAGUGGGAAGCAGAUUGUUUAUGAUUGUUGAUUGAUAUUGUAAAAUCUCAAGAUAUUGCAAGAUGGCUACACGUUGGGGCAUCGCUGGUGCUGGAAAGAUUUCUCAUGAUUUCACUAAUGCUCUGGCUACCCUACCAAAUACCGAACAUCAAGCUGUGGGUGUUGCUGCUAGAGAUCUCACCAGGGCUCAAAAAUUUGCACAACUUCAUAAUAUUGAGAAAUCGUAUGGAAGUUACCAAGAACUUGCGAAAGAUUCCAAUGUCGAAAUUGUUUACGUCGGAGUGCAGAACCCUCAGCAUUUGGAAGUUGCAAAAUUGAUGUUGGAGAAUGGAAAACAUGUUUUGUGUGAAAAACCCUUGACAUUGAAUGUGAAACAAUCGACCGAGUUGAUAAAUUUUGCUAAGGAAAAGGGAUUGUUCUUGAUGGAGGCCAUUUGGAGCAGAUGUUUUCCCCUGUAUGAGAGAGUGAAGAAGGAGAUUCAGUCUGGAACUAUUGGCGAUGUGAAGCAAGUAAUUGCCGCAUUUGGAUUUCGAAUGCCAGAUCUACAGCGUCUAAGUAACAAAGCCCAAGGCGGUGGAACUAUCGUCGACCUCGGUGUCUACACAAUUCAACUCGCUCAAUUUAUUUACGAUGGAGAGCACCCGUUGUCAAUAAAAGCUGCAGGUUUUCUCAAUAACGAUGGUGUUGAUCAAUCAAUGUCUGCUACUAUGUUGUACAGUAACAAUCGCACCGCCACAAUCAUGAGUCAUGCAUUGAUCGAUUUGCCCAAUGAAGCCUACAUUAUUGGUACAAAAGGUACUAUUAAGAUUCCACAAUUUUGGUGUCCAGUGAAAGUUGAAUUGCCUUCUGGUACGAUCGAGGAUCCCCUGCCGACAGCACCACUUCAGUUUAACUUCAUCAACAGCGCUGGGCUCAGAUUUGAGGCGAUGGAAGCACGAGAGUGCAUUAAAGCAGGUCUCAAGGAGAGCCCCAAGGUAUCCCACGCCGAAUCUUUACGUAUUGCUGAAAUUGAAGGUGAACUCCGUAGGCAACUUGGAGUUGUUUAUCCUCAGGAUUAAAUUCCAGUUCAUGUUCGUCACGAUCAGUUCAGCAAACAAUGAAUAUACUUACUGCUUUGACCAUUACUCCGAUAUAAGAUUUUCGAUGGGACAAUUUAAAAUUUUGUAUAAUUAAUAAAUGACUAUUUGAAUAUUUUA